CCGGGCAGUGACGCGACGGCGGGCGCGCGCGGCGCAUUUCCGCCUCUGGCGAAUGGCUCGGCUGUAGCGCGCGCCGCGGGCCCAGCUGCGACCCCGGCCCCGCCCCCGGGACCCCGGCCAUGGACGACCUGUUCCCCCUCAUCUUCCCCUCAGAGCCGGCCCAGGCCUCUGGCCCCUACGUGGAGAUCAUUGAGCAGCCCAAGCAGCGGGGCAUGCGCUUCCGCUACAAGUGCGAGGGCCGCUCAGCAGGCAGUAUCCCAGGCGAGAGGAGCACAGACACCACCAAGACGCAUCCCACCAUCAAGAUCAAUGGCUACACAGGGCCAGGGACUGUUCGCAUCUCCCUGGUUACCAAGGACCCCCCUCACCGGCCUCACCCCCACGAGCUUGUGGGAAAGGACUGCAGGGAUGGCUUCUAUGAAGCUGAGCUCUGCCCAGACCGCUGCAUCCACAGCUUCCAGAACCUGGGGAUCCAGUGUGUGAAGAAACGGGACCUGGAGCAGGCUAUCACCCAGCGUAUCCAGACCAACAAUAACCCCUUCCAAGUUCCCAUAGAAGAGCAGCGUGGGGACUACGACCUGAACGCUGUGCGGCUCUGCUUCCAGGUGACAGUGCGGGACCCAGCAGGCAGGCCCCUCCGCCUGCCGCCCGUCCUCUCUCAUCCCAUCUUUGACAACCGUGCCCCCAACACUGCCGAGCUCAAGAUCUGCCGAGUGAACCGAAACUCUGGGAGCUGCCUCGGAGGGGAUGAGAUCUUCCUGCUGUGUGACAAGGUGCAGAAAGAGGACAUUGAGGUGUGUUUCACGGGACCCGGCUGGGAGGCCCGAGGCUCCUUUUCCCAAGCUGAUGUGCACCGGCAAGUGGCCAUCGUGUUCCGGACACCUCCCUAUGCUGACCCCGGCCUGCAGGCCCCCGUGCGCGUCUCCAUGCAGCUGCGGCGGCCUUCCGACCGGGAGCUCAGCGAGCCCAUGGAAUUCCAGUACUUGCCAGACACAGAUGAUCGUCACCGGAUUGAGGAGAAACGCAAGAGGACAUAUGAAACCUUCAAGAGCAUCAUGAAAAAGAGUCCUUUCAAUGGCCCCACUGAUCCCCGGCCUCCACCCCGUCGCAUUGCUGUGCCUUCUCGCAGUUCAGCUUCCAUCUCCAAGCCAGUCCCCCAGCCCUACCCCUUUACGCCACCCCUCAGCACCAUCAACAUUGAGGAGUUUUCCCCCAUGGUCUUCCCUUCCGGGCAGAUCCCAAACCAAGCCCCUGCCCAAGUCCUGCCCCCGGCCCUGGCCCCAGCCCCAGCCCCUGCCCCAGCCAUCGCACCAGCUCUGCCCCAGGCCCCAGUGCUGCUCCCGCCUGCCCCCAAGGCCACCCAGGCUGGGGAAGGGACACUGACGGAGGCCCUGCUGCAGCUGCAGUUCGAUACUGAUGAAGACCUGGGGGCCCUGCUCGGCAACAACACAGACCCAGCCGUGUUCACGGACCUGGCAUCCGUCGACAACUCUGAGUUUCAGCAGUUGCUGAACCAGGGUAUGUCCAUGGCCCCCCACACAGCUGAGCCCAUGCUGAUGGAGUACCCUGAGGCUAUAACCCGCCUGGUGACAGGGUCGCAGAGGCCCCCUGACCCAGCUCCCAACCCCAUGGGAGCCUCGGGGCUCCCCAACGGCCUCCUCUCAGGGGAUGAAGACUUCUCUUCCAUUGCGGACAUGGACUUCUCAGCUCUUCUCAGUCAGAUCAGCUCCUAAGGGCUGGGGGGUGGUGACACCUGCCUUGCCCAGAGCACUGGGGCUGCAGGGGAUUGAACCCCUCCCAUAGCACUUAUGGAUUCCAGGGGUGCCCCACCUUCUUUAGGUGAUGUCGUCCUCAAAAGAGGAGCACAUUUUAUUCAUUUAUUGGCAGUAUCUGUAUCUUUCUUUUCGGAGGUGCUUAAGCAGAAGCAUUAACUUCUCUGGAGAGGGGGGAGCUGGGAGGCUCAAACUCUUUCUUCCUUGACCCUGAUGUUCAGCUCCCUUUUCUCAGUAAGGAACUCUGGGGGCUCCCCUCCCUACCCUCCAGCUUCUAGUACUCUCCUAGAAAGAAGGACAGGCUGGAGCUAUGGCCUUUGGGGCCACUAAGCCUUAUUAUCAAGUGUCUUCCUCCAAUCAUGAAUCCAUUUACACCUCGAGCCAAAAUAAUGCUCCUGUUACCAGCCCCUCUGUGACCCUGGCAUUGUCCUUGUGCCUACCACCAGCAUUUGAGAGGCUGCUCUUCCUGCCCUGCAGAGGUCCCUGCCAGCUCUGUUGUUCACCUGCAGCUGAAGGGAGCUUGUAGGACAGCACUGGCCCUCUCCAGGAUCCAGAGGAGCUUUGGUCUGAGAUUUCCCUGUUCCCACUUUUCUCAAGUGCCUUAGUAGUGGGACAAGUAGUUUGGAGAAUGGGGGGAGGGCAGGCUGAUAGCUGUCCCGUCAAGAGGCACGGUUUUUACUGAAGCAUCAAAACAGUUGGACUCUUGCUCUUUAUACUCUGAACUAAUAAAUGUGUUGCCAAGCUGGCCA